GAGUCAGAGAGAGUAGCUCAGGUUUAUUAUAAUCACCUUUAACUCUCUGAUAUCACCGCUGUCUCACAUCAUGACUCUUCACUAUGUUAACUAAAUACUGACUAGUCAGCUACUAACACAGCUGGAGGUGUAAUCGGUUUUUUUAUGUUUUGCUUUAGUAUAUUACAUUUCAUCAUAUAAUUACAAAAACCCAUACAGCCCUGGUUUAAGUACUCAUCACAACCAAUCACUUGUAGUGUGGUCUCACUCGCAGCUUCAAAAAAAAAAAAAAGCGCACAAACCUCAGAGAAGAUGGCAUUCGACAAAUUCUUGAAGAAAUGAAAGCUUUAUAUGAGCAAAACCAAAGUGAUGUGAAUGAAGCCAAGACUGAGGGCAAAACUGAGCUAAUACCAACUAUCAAGUUUCGUCAUAGCUGCUUGUUGAGGAACCAGCGCUGUAUUGCAGCCUACCUUUAUGACCGGCUUCUGCGAAUCCGUGCUCUCAGGUGGGAGUAUGGAAGUGUGUUGCCCACAGCAAUUCGGUUCCACAUGUGUGCAGAGGAGUUGGAGUGGUUUAAUCAGUACAAGAAGUCACUGGCCACUUAUAUGAGGUCACUUGGAGGAGAGGAGGGUUUAGACAUAACACAAGACAUGAAACCCCCUAAGAGCCUAUAUAUUGAGGUGCGCUGCCUGAAAGAUCACGGGGAGUUUGAAAUCGAUGAUGGGACAGUUAUUCUCUUGAAGAAGAAUAGCCAGCAUUUUCUGCCACGAUGGAAGUGUGAGCAGCUGAUUCGACAGGGAGUACUGGAGCACGUCAUUUCUUAACAUGUGAUGUCCUCUCUAGCUGGUUAUGAUAGUUACUCACUAUAAUGUAACAUUUGUGCCUGUUAAUUGUAUGUACUUCAAUAAUUCAAAGAACUCAUCAAAUCAGUGUCCAGGUGUUUUGCUGUGUGAUUUUUACUAUCAAACUGUACAGUGAUUUAUGUGUCUCAUCAAAAUCACACUGCUGCCAUGUCUUAAUCAGGUCCAUUUUUCCACUUUUAAAUAAAUGCAAUGAUGGUAAUACAAUAAUAUUUUAGAAGACUCAAUAAAAUUACAGCUUUUGCAA